ACGCCUAAAGAUGUGCAGGGUGGCAAACCAGAAAACAAUAAAAAGGAAGGUUUUUUAAAACAUUUAAAGAAAUAAGUCAGUAUGCCUUGUAAACCAGUAGCCUUCAUAUUUUGUGCACACCAAAUUUCAGCUUUAUAGGUGAUUUUGGGAGACACCUACCUAAUGAGGGUCAUGAAACCCCCAUUUUCAACAUGAGGUUCACAAAUCAGAUUUUUUCCAGCGGGUAGGGUGGCCUGGGAUGGCAUACAUGCCAGCCUCCAUAGCUCUGAGGAGUGUAUUUGGUAUACAAAUUAGGCAAACAAAUAGCCCUGUGGUCUUCCUGAAAUUUGAGGAGUGGGGAGGAGGAACUAAAGUAAACUAUAUCCUGGGUUACCAGAGGAGAAGAAGAAAAAACUCCCUUAAGGACCCACCACAGUCCAGCUCCUUAGGUUCAGUUGCAUGGCUGAACAGGCAAGUGGAAAGUGAAAAUGAAACCUGGAAAACCCAAAUGAUGAAAGGAAAGCUGUCCUGCAGGAUAAAUAGAAGAUGCAGGAGGACCAGCACAUAGUCAAAGAUGGAUCGCAAGUGGAUAAGUUACGUGAGCCCCAGCAGAAACCGCCUGAGAACCACCGUGAAAAUCGAAACGCGUGUGCAUGCGGGGCUCGUUUGUCUGGUGCUCCUGUCUUCUGCUCAAGUCUCAGCGCUGGACUGCAACUUUCUGAAACACCGGCAAAAAGUAUUUAAUCUGCAGAGCCUGGAGCUGUGGCGAGAGAUGAGCACCACGUUCUCCCCAGAGUGCCUGAAGAAAACGACCACGUUCAACUUUCCUACAAAGAUCCUGGAAAUACGCGAGUCGCAACCUGCCAUGGAAGCAAUCUACGAAAUUCUCCGUGGGUUCUUUCACAUCUUGAGCAGUGACUCACUGAAGACUGUCUGGAAUGCCGCACACAGAGAGAGGUCUCUGCAGAUGGUGCAUGCGCACACCAAAGUCCUCAAGAGUUGCCUCGGAGGAAGAAAAUCUACACCGGGGAAGUUAGAGGAACAGAGAAACAAGCUGGAGCUGAAGAAGUAUUUUCGAAGGAUCAGAACUUUUCUCAGAGGGAACGGAGGCAGCACUUGCUACUGGGAGAGCCUGCAACAGGAGGUCCGAUCAGGACUCAUGUACGUUGACAUACUGACAAAGAGAAUGAGGAGGUAGCAAACCUCUGCAACCAUCACUCGAGGAACCGUCGGAGCGGAGAAAUGACAAACUGACAGCGAAUAUUUGUGAAACAUUCGCAGAGACAAGUUAAGGAAGCUACAAGCCACCUCACAGAACUUACCAAAGAAAUGGGAAGAGCUAAAGGGGCUUUAUUAUACUGAAUGUACAGACUUUGUAUAGGUGUUUUUUUUUUUAUGAAGCUUGA